AUGAAUAUGGAAAAACCAAAAGUUAUAAUUGAAUCGACAGGAGUUCCCAUUAUGCAGAAAACCAAUAUUCCCAUAUUAUUAUCCACACCUGUUGUGAAAAAUAUGUAUAGCACUUAUUCAUACAGUAACAGCAACCCUAUCUCCAGUUCAUAUAGCACAUCAUCUAAUCACAAUGAGUAUAAAUAUAAUUGGACAAAAUGUAUGACAAAAACACCGCCACAUGGCAAUGAAAAUGAAGAAUACAUAAAAACGUUUGAUGGACGAUUAAGUGGAUUAUAUUACGAAACGAUUCCCUUAAAAAGUAAUACAAAUAAUAUUUUUGAAAUAACUCCACCAAAAGAAGACUUAAAUAAAAUAAAUUAUAAUCCUAAGAUGGAAAUUUAUUCUACUUGUAAUUUUGCAAUUAUAAUGAUGGAUUUGCCAGGCAUUUCUAAAGAAAAUUUAAACGUUGAAUUUGAAAACGGUUUAUUAAAAAUGUUUGGACAUAAAUAUAAAGCACAAAUGGAAGAAUUAGAAAAAGAACACGAAUAUCACACGAAAAUAAUUGAAAGAGUUAGCGAAUAUUACUUCUGCAAAAUGUUCCAAAUGCCACCAGCCUUUUCUCAAGGACAAAAUAUAUCAUGUAAGCUAAAAGACGGGGAACUCAUACUUAAAAUUUUGGCAACUGAAUUGAAGACGCAGAAAACGAUUGUUGAGAUACAGUCUUAG